GUGUGUGUGUGUGUGUGUGUGUGUGUGUGUGUGUGUGUGUGUGUGUGUGUGUGUGUGUGUGUGUGUGUGUGUGUGUGUGUGUGUGUGUGUGUUUUGAUCGGAUUUGAUUUGACAAAAUACGCUCCUUAAAGCCCCCUACUGAUCAGCUGUGAGGUAACCGCCCCUCUCACUCUGCGGUCUACUGCUGGGAAAAUAUACGUUGUAAGCGCCACAUGCAACAUAAAUACACAUUCUGGCUUACACACACAAGCACACUCACGCAGGGGGAUGAAUGUGCAUUCUUUUGCCACCUAGGCGCCAGGAAUGUUUUCAGUGAAACCAUGCCAACGGCGCAGUUCCUGCAGAGCUAACUCCAUGGGUCUAGUAACGCCGGAGAGAGCGAGGGAGUGACUAGAACUCUCUCUGUUCAUUAGUUCACAUUUCCUAUUCUCCUCGCCCUUUUAGACCAACAAAAGGCUAAAGGGAAAGGACAAUCGGAUGACUAAAGAGAGACAGUGCCAGAGGGAGAGAGAUGGAGAGAAGAUAACGCAGGGAAGGGGAUGUAGAGAGAGAAGGCGACGUUAUGGAGAAGAGUAUUGAAGGGAAGCAUAGAAGGUGCCAAGAUGGAUGAGACGGAGAAGUACCAGCAGAGACUGCAGGCUAUCGCUGAGAAGCGUCGCAUGCAGGAGGAGCAGGAGCAGGCGAAGAGAGACAUGGAGGACGAGAGACUGCGCUUACAGCAGCUAAAGCGGAAGUCCCUGCGGGACCAAUGGUUGAUGGAGGGUCCUCCCUCCUCACCCACCACCCCCACCUCACCAUCCACCAAGGACAGCCCCCACUCCCCCCUCUGGGGCCCCCACACCCCGGAGACCGAGAAACGCAUUGACGAGUUGCAGGAAGAGAGUCGGCGGCUGGCUCAAGGGGAGCUACUCGACGAGCAGACGGAGGACGGCAGAACGGAUACUGUCAAUGCAGCGGAAGCCACAGAAGAUGUACUGCAGAACGGGCAGGAGAAACCCACGGGAUCAGAUGCAAUAGAAGACGAAGUGACAAAGAGCCUCUCCUCAUUACUGGAUGAAACGGAGGCGGUCCUGACCAAUGGCAGCACUGGGGAAGCAGUGCAGACCAAUCCUAGCCCUUUAGAAAUAAACACUUCCACCUCCGGCACCACAGCGCCAGCGGUGGUCACCGAUGGCUCCCUCGCCACAGCGCUACUGGGCUAUGUCCACACAGAGCCGGGUCUGGCCUCAGCCGGGAGGGGGGUUGACGAUGAGGACGAGGACAUCCUGGUGAUGCGAGCGGAGCGGGUCAUCGUCCUAACGGAUGAAGAUGUACCACCUCUGGACCAAGAGAAGGAGGAGGAGGAGGAGGAGCAGCAGCAGGAGGAGGUGAAGGAGGAGGAGUCAGUCCCGCUGGACGCAGCACAGGGAGAGGCUGAAGGAGAGACUAUGGCGCAGGUGGAAGCAGCGCCGUUGGAUACCUCUGCCGUCACUCCUCACGGGGAACAGUGUGAGAGGAGUGAGGGGCUGGUCACAGUCACUGCGGAGGCGGAUGACUCCUCAGCGGACGCACAGAUGACGGGAGACGCAAUUUCAAAUAAAGAAGAAGGAAAAGGAGCGGCCGACGAUGCAUCCAUCGCACCCAACUCUGAUCCAUCCCUGCAAUCCGCAGCCGGGGCUCCAGAUGACCCCGCUGUGGCCUCCGUGCCAACCUACUCCCAGGGCCCGGCCUCCCCACGGCUGGGGCCAGGGGGAGAGACUGGGACAGAGGCUGGGGCCCCUGCAGCAGCUCCAGGGGACGGAGCCUCAGAGCUGGCCACUCCGGCCAAGCCUCCGACACCGCUUACGAGCCACUUCCAGGAUGUACCGCUGUCGGCGCCGCAGGGGACCGGGGCCCAGCCUGGGGAGCAGGACCCCCUGCUGGGCAAGGCCAAAGCCCCCCAGAUGAAGGCAGGGGGCUCCUCGUUUGUGGAGGCCCGCAGAGGCCCAUCCUCCAAUGCGGAAGCACACGCCCCUGCCUCGACCAAUAGCUGUGGAGCGGAGGAGGGAGUGUCCCCAAAGCACAAAACCUGCCAGUGUUGCUCGGUCAUGUGAUCAUCGCUUCUUACUUUGCAUUGGCUGUCGGCCAUACCCACACUGCUUAUUUUUUAAUCACAAACCUUGAUUUUCUUCCUAUUCCCGGGACAGAAACGUUACUUUAGGUCCACAACAAUGACCACCAGAACCCAUGUUUCCAUACAGCCGUGGACGUGUCCUUUUACCCGCUCCAGCACACUGUGAAACGUUGUGGCGUACUGUGGAUGUCUGGGAAGUUGGUCUCAAUGUGCCUCUCCAUGCUAUCACCAGAAACUUAACAUUAUUUUCCCCCACCAAACACGGCCCAUUUUUCACACAGUUGAUGGUUACCUGGCCUUAUUGGUUGUAAUCAAACUGUUCAAAUAGACUUGACUGACAUAAAUAAACCAACACAUGUCUACGCAUAGUAGGAGAUGAUUUUAAGCCCCAAUUACUGACAUAACAGGGACCAAAGAUAUGUAUGAUGUGCAAUUGCUUUCGCUAUAAUGAAUCAUGUAGUAUUAAUUAUUUGUAACACUAUAUGGUCUGGUGAUUCUGGAAUAUGUACUAUGCAGUGGCAGCUGUUCAUGAGCUAAAAUAUUUUAUAGAUAUUUCUUUUUUAUAUCCAACUUAAGGCCCUAAUCAUAUGUAUUCAGAUUUGUUUUUGUUUUUUCCGUAAAAGACAUCAAAAAGGGACGUUGUCACUCCCAAAAUGAAUUGGAGGAAAUGCUAUCCUUCAUUUAUGGAGAUUUUUUUUUUCUCUUUUCGGCACUUUUAAAAAGGGAGGUUAUUUAGCGAAGCGCUGUAGGUGAAUCCACUGUGUACCGGGCGUAACUUUAAUGAGUGCUUCCAGGGUUUGACUCCAGCUAUCAACAUGUAUUAAUAUUUCUGAGGGUGAACGUGGCUUGGCUGUGUACAGAGAUCUGCUUUGUUUUGAACCUGUCAGUUUGGAAAUGUGCAACAUGGUUUAAUUAUUAAACUGACUGUUUGAUUAAAAAAGAAAGAAAAUCUCCAUGUUCAUCAAACCCUUGGCUCUUUAAACAGGGAAACUACAGUAUUGCCCCAUGGGAGUCCUUUCAUCAAACGCAUGUUUUCAUAUUUUCAAUGAAAUGUUGAAGCUCAAGGAGGCAGUAAUUAUAUUGUAUUAUAAUAAAAGGUCCAAUAAACCCUUACCUUGUUA